AUGUUGGUACCAUUACUGACGGCAUAUAUCUAUCUAUCUAUCUAUCUAUCUAUCUAUCUAUCUAUCUUCGUUCGAUUUAUGCUUGAUAUGAGUGUGCGGGUUCGCUUCAAGCGAGAUACGAAAGGUGCUGGUCAAUCGCUGGACGGCAUAUAUUUCCAGGAAACUGUUGUAACAGAAAGUCCUCUUAAUUUUAUCUUUCUUUUUUUUCUUUUUUCUUUAUUUCAAUCUUUCUUUUUCGAAUUAUCAUCUUUAUCGUUUUUCCUUCAUUUUUUUCUUUUAAAAUUUCCAUUUCUUUCUUUCUUUCUUUCUUUCUUUCUUUCUUUCUUUCUUUCUUUCGUUCCUUCUUGUGAAUUUCUUUUUUCUCUUUCUUUCUUUCUUUCUUUCUUUCUUUCUUUCUUUCUUUCUUUCGUUCCUUCUUGUGAAUUUCUUUUUUCUCUUUCUUUCUUUUUUCCUUCUCCUCAAUUCAUUCUUUCUUUAAUUUUUAUCGUUCUUUAG